AUGGCAAUGGUUCAUCACUUUAAAGACUUCAGAAAUGUCGUCCCAGUUAGAACCGAAUUGCAGCAUGAAGGCCUGUGUACCACGAUGAGAUCGCCUGAUUUUCCCACUGCAAUGACGGCCUCAUCUGCCCGCCAGAUGAGGGUUGCCAUUUCCCCCGUUGCGUUGACGCUCGGUGUACUCAUCUGUUGUUUCGUUCUUCCUCUGAAGCUGACAGGGUGGUUAGAGUGGUAUGCGGCCACCUUCAGAGACCCCAUGAUGCUCCAGCCCCCGGAGUGGUUUAAGGCGUUUAUAUAUUGCGAAGCCUUCUUACAAACGCCUUUCUUCCCCAUCGCAGCAUACGCCUUCUUAAAAGGUGGCUGCAAAUGGAUAAGGACUCCUGCAAUUAUCUACUCCACCCACGUAGCCACAACGUUGUUUGCCAUCCUCGCGCAUGUACUGUUCCACGAUUUCUCCAAGUCCGAGCAUUUGGGACCUCAGACGCAACGCGAGCGCCUAAUUCUGCUGUCUGUGUAAUUGCUGAUACCGCUUCUGAUUCUGUUCACCAUGCUCUACAACCCUCACUACAACCACGCGGAGAAAAGGAAAAGGAAGUAG